UGGUUUCUUCCACUGCGUUUCUGUUGCUUCAAGGAACUGUAACGAAUUUCAGUGAUCUUCCUUUCAGCUUCUGCUUUCCAAGUGAAUGGGAAAUUCUCCAUCGUGUCAUUCCUCAGAGAUGCUAGAGAAAUUGUUCUCGAAGGUGUGCGGUAAGGUUCGGGACAAGCCGGGGAUCGACGGCGGCGACGGUGGCGAGAGGAAGAUUGAAGGAACUGUGGUGUUGUUGAAGAAAAAUGUGAUGGAUGUAACCGACGUUGGCGCUUCGAUUCUCGAUCGAUUUCAUGAGCUGUUUGGAAAAGGCGUUUCGUUGCAGCUCAUCAGUGCUGUUCACGGCGAUCCUGUUAGAGAGAACAGAGGGAAGCUUGGGAAGAAAGCUUACCUAGAAAAUUGGGUGACAAAGUUCACAUCACUGAACGCUAAAGACGAAGCCAAAUUCAACGUUUCAUUUCAAUGGGAAGAAUCUCAGGGAGUUCCCGGCGCAUUCCUAAUUCACAAUCAUCACCACAGUGAGUUUUACCUAAAAUCAGUGACGUUAAACAACGUUCCAGGACAUGGUGAGCUCCACUUCGUCUGCAAUUCCUGGGUUUAUCCUGCGCAUCGAUAUGAUCACGAUCGUAUCUUCUUCACAAACAAGGCAUACCUUCCUUGUGAUACGCCGCCGCCAUUGCGCCAUUACAGAGAAGAAGAGCUCAGAAUUCUUCGUGGAAAAGGUAAGGGGAGGUUGAAGGAAUGGGAUAGAGUUUAUGACUAUGCUUUUUACAAUGAUUUGGGAAGUCCUGAAAAAGGGAAAGAUCAUGCUCGUCCUGUUCUUGGUGGAUCGAAGGAGUUUCCAUAUCCUCGUAGAGGAAGAACAGGUCGUCCCCCGAACAAAAAAGAUCCAAAUUGCGAAACUCGAUUGUUCCUCCUGAGCUUAAACUUCUACGUCCCGAGAGAUGAUCGGUUCACUCAAAUCAAGUUCUCGGAUUUCAUAGGCUACGCUUUGAAAUCCCUCGGCCAAGUAAUUCUCCCCGAGAUCACAGCUUUAUUCGACAAGACGAUAAAUGAAUUCGACACAUUUCAAGAUGUUCUUAACCUCUAUGAAGGCGGGAUUCCGCUCCCCGAUGGCCACACGUUGCGUAAGCUCAGGGAAUGCGUGCCGUGGGAGUUGCUCCGGGAGCUCACUCGAUCGGAUGGCCAACGAUUUCUUAAGUUCCCAAUGCCCGAUGUUAUCAAACAUGAUAGAACAGCUUGGAGAACUGACGAGGAAUUUGCACGGGAAAUGCUGGCUGGAGUGAACCCUGUUGUCAUUCGACGCCUCCAGGAGUUUCCUCCGAGAAGCAAACUAAACCGUCGAGAAUACGGCGACCAGGACAGUAUUCUCAAGAGGGAGCAUGUUGAAAAAAAUAUGAAUGGUCUUAAUGUCGAAGAGGCCUUGAAAGACAACAGGCUAUACAUAUUAGAUCAUCACGACGACCUGAUGCCGUACUUGCGAAGGAUCAACACGACGACGACAAAGACUUACGCCACCCGAACUCUGCUUCUUCUCCAAAACGACGGGACUUUGAAGCCCCUCGCGAUCGAAUUGAGCUUACCGAAUGGAAAUCAAGACACGGAAGGAGCAGUUAGUGAAGUUUUUACGCCGUCCGAAGAUGGAGUUCAAGGUUCGAUAUGGCAACUAGCGAAGGCUUAUGCUGCAGUUAACGAUUCGGGCUAUCAUCAGCUCAUAAGCCACUGGUUGAACACACACGCCGUGAUCGAACCAUUCAUAAUCGCGACAAACAGACAAUUGAGCUCGAUCCACCCGAUCUACAAGCUUCUCAAGCCUCAUUUCCGCGACACAAUCCACAUAAACGCCUUGGCUCGACAGAUCCUCAUCAAUGCCGGCGGUGUCCUCGAAAGAACCGUCUUCCCGGCAAGAUACGCCAUGGAAAUGUCGUCCGCCAUUUAUAAAAGCUGGAACUUUGCCGACCAGGCGCUGCCGGAAGAUCUCAUUAAAAGGGGAGUAGCAGUCCGUGACGCAAGCCAGCCCCACGGUCUCCGUCUCCUGAUUAAGGACUACCCCUUCGCCGUCGACGGACUCGAAAUUUGGGACGCAAUCUCCAGUUGGGUAAACGAAUACUGCUCGAUCUAUUACAAAACCGACGAGACAAUCCGGGAAGACACCGAGCUCCAAUCGUGGUGGAAGGAGGUUCGCGAAUCAGGCCACGGCGACCUCAAAGACGAGCCAUGGUGGCCGAAAAUGCAAACACUCGGCGACCUCACGCAAGUUUGUACAAUAAUCAUAUGGAUCGCCUCGGCUCUCCAUGCAGCUGUGAAUUUUGGGCAGUAUCCCUACGCGGGAUAUCUCCCGAACCGACCAACCGUUAGCCGGAGGUUCAUGCCAACGCAGGGCACGCCCGAGUACGCCGAGCUGGAAAAAAAUCCCGACGGGGUGUUCUUGAAAACCAUAACAGCUCAGUUCCAGACGCUACUCGGAGUUUCGUUAAUAGAAAUACUUUCGAUGCAUUCGACGGAUGAGAUCUACCUUGGACAGACGGAGAGCCUCGACUGGACUGCUGAUCAUCAGCCUCGCGAAGCGUUUGGUCGAUUCAGUGCGGCGUUGAUCGAGAUUGAACGAAGGAUAGUCGAUAGGAAUAGAGACCGGCAAUUGAAGAACCGGUCGGGGCCUGCUGAAGUCGAGUAUAUGUUGUUGUAUCCGAACACGUCGGACGACAGCCGAGAAGGCGGGCUUACGGGGAAGGGAAUUCCCAACAGCAUCUCAAUAUGAGGUAACACACGAAUACUCUGCAAAUUAGGCUAACAAGACAAAUUAUACAAUGCGAACUAUGUGUGACAGAUGGAUCAGAAGGCAUCAGGGUUUGAAUCCAUGAUCUUACGGUCAAGAGUCUAUUAUUAGAUCAUCAGGUCAUCCUUUAUAGAAUUAUUCAGAAAGGUUCUUGAUUUCUCUGUAAGUUGCUUUUGAGUUCUAAUUCAUGUCUACAUUUUCGUCGAAA